AUGGAUAGUGAUGCACCAAAAACUGCUUUCAGGAUAAGAUAUGGUCAUUUUGAAUUACUUGUGAUGCCAUUUGGGUUGACCAACUUACCAGCAGCAUUUAUGGAUAUGAUGAAUAGAUUGUUUCGCCCAUACUUAGAUAGAUUUGUGAUUGUAUUCAUCGAUGAUAUUUUAGUAGACUCUUAUAAUCACGAUAAACAGACAGAGCAUCUUAGAAUCAUCUUACAGACUCUACACGAUGAGCUGUUGUAUGCUAAAUUCAGUAAAUGUAAAUUCUGGCUUGAUAAAGUUGUGUUUUUCGGACAUGUCAUAUCAGCAGAAGGAAUUUAUGUUGACCCACAGAAAACAAAGGCAGUGAAUGGGAAAGUUAUAGCGUAUGCUUCCAAGCGACUUAGAGCUAGCUGCAAUUGUCCUAACCUUGAAAAUUUGGAGACAUUACUUGGAAGGCUAAUAGUUUCUCGUGCUCAAUUAUCAGUUACCAGUGUAGGAGCACUGUUUGCCAACUUCCAAGUGAGGCCUACUUUGAUUGAUAUAGUUAAAGAAACUCAAAUUCAAGAUCCAAUGUUGAGCAAAUUGAAAGAAGAAGUUAGUAAAGGUAAGCAUACAGAUUAUACCAUUCAAGAUGAUGGAGUUUUAGUUAUAGGAAAUAGAUUAUGUGUUCCAGGUGAUUUGAAAUUGAAGGAAGAAAUUCUAGAAGAGGUACAUAGUUCAACUUACACGAUGCAUCCAGGUAGUACAAAAAUGUAUCGUGUACUAAAAGAACACUAUUGGUGGCAUGGAAUGAAGAGAGAAAUAGCUGAGUUUGUAUCCAGAUGUCUCAUUUGCCAGAAAGUAAAACCAGAUCGUCAGAAAACAAUAGGAUUGUUACAAUAG